GGCAACUGCGAUGGCUUCUUCUGUUGUUUCUAACUGUUCAUGUGUGGUGACAGGUUGGAAAGCUGUGUGGAAAUCCUUCCUGAAGGUAAUGUGUGCUUCUCUCUUUCUCUCUCUCUCUCUCUCUCUCUCUCUCUCUUCCUUCCUUCCUUCCUUUCUUCCUUUCUUCCUCUCUUUCUCCCUCUUUCUUUCUCUCUUUCUCUCUCUCUUUCUCUCUCUCUCCCCCGCCUCCCUCCUCCCCUUCUUUCCCUCUCCCCUUCUCUCCAUCUCUCCUCUCCUUCUCUCCAUCUCUCCUCACCCUACUUUCUCCACACGAUAAAACCCAGGUCUGAGUCACUGUCCUUUCUUCCCACUGGUCUGUCUGCAAAAUCGCCAGUUGUGCGGCCGAGAUGAUCUCUGCUCCUUCGUCUAGUGAACUCUCCUGCCAUGGCAAGAGAGAGCGUAUGCUGUAUGGGGAUGCACACACAUCCCCUUGCAACUUAACCUUGGGAAAAGAGAAACAGUGCAAAUCCUAGAUGCACAUCCACCAUUGUCUGAGCUGCUUUUCGUGCCAGUAAGACUUUCUUUCUUACCACCCCCACCCCCCAAAAAGGAAAAAAAAAAUAAGGCAAGUCACAUUUUGGAAGGUCUCUCUGCUUCUCCAGCAGAAAGCAAAUCAGCCAGCUGGUAACGCUUUUCUUAUAAUUGUAAUUGAGUCCUGCAAAACCGCUGACACGCUGAGCAAGGGAUCUGUACAGUCUUUAUUUUUUGCAACAAGAAAAGCAAAUGCCAGCUCAAUACGAAACUCAAAGCCCGUGGCACUGGAAUAAAUUACAUAUAGAACUGAAAUGCAUUUGGAAAAAGAAUCCUGAAUCUAUUAGGUAUCAAUCAGACAUUUGUCCUUUGGGGGGUGGUCGCAGAGGGGGAGAGGGUCAAGGGGGGGGGAGAGGAAAUUAUGUACUGUCUUGUGAAAAAGUACCUCAGAGCCAGGGAAAUGGUGCGAAGGAGUGAAUUUUUGACGGGAUCAAUAAAAGGAUAAAUAGAGCUCCGCUCCUUUUCCUCCAGCAGAGAGAGACCGAGAGGGAGAUGCUGGUUUAUCAGCAACGUGCUUUUACACCCCCUUCGCCUUUCUCUUUCUCCCUCGGUCUGAGCUGAAAACUGAUUACAAGUUGCUUAUCGACUCCAGCACAAUUUCACCAUUUCCAGCAUAGAUCUUGGAGGGUUUUAUAUCUCAUCAAUUAUUUAUCAUAUUUUAUAAAUCCAGCAGCACUACAAUUUUUUGCCCCUGAGGAGGGAGCGGGCGGCGAUUGGCGCCGCCGGAGCCACGUGCCCGCGCGUCACAUGGGCCGGGAGGAAAAAGGGCUCCUUUUUGGUGUAAAUCUGGACUCUAAUUCCGUAAUAUAUCACGGUACCUCGUAAAACCGACACUAAAACGUCCCGACCUACAAAUCACCCGGCCAAAUUAUGAGUUCAUUGUAUUAUGCGAAUGCUUUAUUUUCUAAAUAUCAAGCCGCAAGUUCGGUUUUCCCAUCCGGAGUCUUUCCCGAGCAAACUUCUUGCGCUUUCGCCUCCAACACCCAGCGAGCAGGGUAUGGGGCCGGAUCCACUCCUCCCUUCGCCGCCUCCAUGCCCGGGCUCUACUCCAGUGGCAGCGGCGUGCACCCCCAGACCCCCACCAUGUACUCCUCCGGCUACGGCCUGGAGCCCAGCUCCUUCAACAUGCACUGUUCCCCCUUUGAGCAAAACCUCUCCAUGAUGUGCCCGGGAGAUGCCUCCAAGCAGAAUUGCAACAAAACGGACCAGAGGGACUCAGAUUUGCAAAGCGACAGUAACUUCCGCAUCUACCCCUGGAUGAGGAGCACAGGAUGAAGAUUGUGCUACCCCCACAUAGAUAUAGAUAUAGAUUCUGAAAUGAACUAUUUAUGGGAAGUACACGCAAGCUUGUUUUGUUAGGUUUCAAAACCUUCAUUUGCCAGCCCCUCACCACAAUGUCCCAG